AUCUGUCUGCCUGCUGCGGGAGGAAACAAGGCGGGGUCAGAAAGAGUGAAAAGGGACCAGAGAGAGAGAGAGAAGCUAACAGUUUCAAAACUCGACGGAAUUAGAGUUUCAAACUUCAAUAAUUUGAUCAUCUGUCGUUUAGAGAUUGGGUGGUUAUAGCCGUGUUAUAAGACUGGUCGCCUUUUAUAUCGUUUUUUUGUCUUGUUAUUGUUUGCGUUCUUGUUUUUCCUGGAUUCAUUGCGUGACAGUAUGUCUCGGUCUGACUUCCCCCUGGGUUACGAUGACUCUCAUUCCCCCCUCUAUGGCCCCCAAGGUGGUAACUACCCCCCUCCCCCUGCCUAUGGCUUCCCUGCCAAUGGAGGUCCCCCAUCAGGCCAGCCCUCGUCCUUCUACCCCUCUGGUCCCCAUGGACCUCCAUAUCCUGGCCAGCCUGCCGGAUACCCUGCUGGGCCCUACCCAGGCCAGCCUCACCCCGGGGGUCCAGGGUACAACAACCAGCCUAUGAUGCCACCCAUGCCACCUAUAAUCCCCCCUACGAUGCCUAGCAGUGCACUGAGCGGCGAUGGAGAGGGGUUUGCGGCAGGCAGCUUUGAUAGUCUGAAAGUGCGACAUUCCUUCAUACGAAAGGUGUAUAUGAUCCUGGCAUCUCAGCUACUCGUCACUGUCGCAAUCGUGGCCGUCUUCACAUUUGUUGACUCUGUCAAGAAGUUUGUGAUCGCAAACCCAGCUGUCUACUGGGCAUCAUUCGCUGUGUAUUUCGUCACUCACAUUGUGCUGGUCUGCUGUAAAGGACCCAGGAGGAAAUUCCCAUGGAAUGUCAUCCUGCUGGCCAUCUUUACACUGGCCAUGUCCUACAUGACGGGCACCAUAUCCAGUUACUAUGAUACUAAGGCAGUGUUUCUGGCUCUGGGCAUCACCGUCAUUGUGUGUAUCAUCACCACUGUCUUCUGCUUCCAGACCAAGGUGGACCUCACUUCAUGCACAGGCCUAUUCUGUGUCCUGGGGAUCGUUGUCAUGGUGGCAGGCAUCAUCACAGCCAUUGUGCUCUCCUUCAAAUAUAUUCCUUGGCUUCACAUGGUGUAUGCGGCCGUUGGCGCAAUAGUCUACACACUGUUUCUGGCGUACCACACACAGCUGUUGAUCGGCAAGGGGAAGAACUCUAUCAGUCCAGAGGAGUAUGUGUUCGCAGCGCUCUCCAUCUACGUCGACAUCGUCCAGAUCUUCCUGUGCCUGCUGCAGCUUAUUGGUGCAGCCAACAGAUGAAUCCCCGGAAACAACGUUCCUUCCCAUCCCCUCCCCCCCUGAGACAGGCAGACUCAGCUCACCAGAGUGCAACUGUACUCACUAUAGAAUUAGAAUGAGUAGAAUGGAAAUACUGGUGUACCUACCACAGAACGUUGUUUUGAAUGGGAACGUUCUUUCUACUAAUCCUAAUUCUAUGGAUUUGACUUCGCUAACACACAUAUUUAGCCAUUUUCAUGAAGUCUACUCUUCUGCUAAAAUGCAUCUGCUUGAAAAGACAUAUGUAGUAAUAUAUCAGUAUAGACACCAGUGGUGUAAAGUAACUAAGUAAAAAAUACUUUGAAGUACUA